AUGGAGGAAGAAGACUGGAUCACAGUAGGGAAAGAAAAGAAACCAAAAAAGGUCAAAACUAAGCCAGUAAAACAAAAUAAAGAGAAUAAGAAAAAAGAAAAAGUAGUAUUGAAUCAGGAAAAACAAGGGAUUACAAAAAGGGAAGUUGUUCCAUUACCUCAUGACCAGAACCAUUCAUAUUCUACUCCUACUAUGGCUGGAUCACCACAACUUGAUGAAUAUACGAAAGAAGAGUUAGAAAAAAAGUUAGCUGAAUUAGGAGAUAGUUCAAAUAAUCUUCCACCUCCAUUAAUGAAAGUAAAGAAAAGAAUAGAAGUAUUAUUAGAAAGAAUUGAAAGGAAAGAACAACAAGAAAUUCAUCAAAAGAAAAUUUCUGUUCCAUCAACUACAACAAUAGAAACUAAUAAUAAUAAUAUUCAACCAAUAGAAUUAACUCAAAAGAGUAAUGUGAAUAUAAUAAUUUUUUUAAUAAUAAUUUUUAUUAUUGUUAUAUUAAUAUUUGCAUACACUUACCCAUUUAAUUAA